GCUCCCCUGCCACGAGUCUUCCCAGUAGGGCCAUGGGCCGGCGGGGAGGGUCUGAGCAGGCUGCUACUACAGGGCAGUGCUGCUAGCACAUGAGCGUCUGUCAUAGGCUAUGGGGUUGGUAGGCACGCGUGUGUGGAGAGGAGUACACGUGGGGGCGUGUCCGUGUGCAGAGCAGCGUACACGUGUACUGGGUGUGUCUGUGUGCAGAGCAGAGUACAUGUGUACGGGGUGUGUCCGUGUGCGGAGCGGAGUACAGGUGUAUGGGGUGUGUCCGUGUGCAGAGCGGCAUACACGUGUACUGGGUGUGUCUGUGUGCAGAGCAGAGUACAUGUGUAUGGGGCAUGUCCGUGAGCAGAGGGGUGUACACAUGUUCGGGGCGUUUCUGUGCAGAGCGGAGUACAUGUGGUUGGGGCGUGUCCGUGUGCGAAGCAGCGUACACAUGUAUGGGAUGUUUCUGUGCAGAGGGAAGUAUUUGUGUAAGGGUUGUGUUCAUGUGCGGAGAGGUGUACAGGUGUACGGGGCAUGUCUGUAUGUGGAGCGGAGUACAGGUGUAUGGGGUGUGUCCGUGUGCAGAGUGGAGUGCAGGUGUAUGGAGUGUGUCCGCUCCACACACGGAGUACACGUGCACGGGGCGUGUCCGUGUGCGGAGCGGAGUACACGUGCACGGGGCGUGUCCGUGUGCGGAGCGGAGUACUCGUGUACGGGGCGUGUCCAUGUGCAGAGCAGAGUACAGGUGUACGGGGCGUGUCCGUGUGCGGAGCGGAGUACAGGUGUACGGGGCGUGUCCGUGUGCAGAGCGGAGUACAGGUGUACGGGGCGUGUCCGUGUGCGGAGCGGAGUACUCGUGUACGGGGCGUGUCCGUGUGCGGAGCGGAGUACAGGUGUACGGGGCGUGUCCGUGUGCGGAGCGGAGUACUCGUGUACGGGGCGUGUCCGUGUGCAGAGCAGAGUACAGGUGUACGGGGCGUGUCCGUGUGCGGAGCGGAGUACAGGUGUACGGGGCGUGUCCGUGUGCGGAGCGGAGUACAGGUGUACGGGGCGUGUCCAUGUGCAGAGCAGAGUACAGGUGUACGGGGCGUGUCCGUGUGUGGAGCGGAGUACAGGUGUACAGGGCGUGUCCAUGUGCAGAGCAGAGUACAGGUGUACGGGGCGUGUCCGUGUGCGGAGCGGAGUACAGGUGUACGGGGCGUGUCCGUGUGCGGAGCAGAGUACAGGUGUACGGGGCGUGUCCGUGUGCGGAGCGGAGUACAGGUGUACGGGGCGUGUCCGUGAGCGGAGCGGAGUACAGGUGUAUGGGGCGUGUCCGUGUGUGGAGCGGAGUACAGGCGUACGGGGCGUGUCCGUGUGCGGAGCGGAGUACAGGCGUACGGGGCGUGUCCGUGUGCGGAGCGGAGUACAGGUGUACGGGGCGUGUCCGUGUGCGGAGCGGAGUACAGGUGUACGGGGCGUGUCCGUGUGCAGAGCAGAGCGGAGUACAGGUGUACGGGGCGUGUCCGUGUGCGGAGCGGAGUACAGGUGUAUGGGGCGUGUCCGUGUGCAGAGCAGAGCGGAAUACAGGUGUAUGGGGUGUGUCCGCUCCACACACAGAGUACAGGUGUACGGGGCGUGUCCGUGUGCAGAGCAGAGCGGAGUACAGGUGUACGGGGCGUGUCCGUGUGCGGAGCGGAGUACAGGUGUACGGGGCGUGUCCGUGUGCAGAGCAGAGCGGAGUACAGGUGUACGGGGCGUGUCCGUGUGCGGGCAGGGCACGGAUGAGGUUGGCUUGGUAGAGUGAGGUCAAUCCACUGCCCUCCAGAUUCUGCGGGCAGAUGCUGGUGUUGCCCCUUUGCAUGUGGCCCUGGUCCGGGAGGGUUUGCAGGCCAGAGCUCCUUGCUGACCCCCUGGGUCACGGCUCCUGCUGCAUCUGUCUAGAAAUGUGGCCUGGGCCAUGAGAGCUGCCAGCUGCGGCACUUCCUCUGGCCUCCCCUGUGGCCAGCAGAGAACACUCUGCCCUUGGGGGUCACUGAGGGCGAGGGGGGGACGCGGGGAUGACAUCACUGCCGGGCGCUGGGCUCUGGAGGGCCCUCUGCUAGACACUAGUGCACCAAGAACAUAAGAACGGCCAGACUGGGUCAGACCAAAGGUCCAUCCCGCCCAGUGCCCUGUCUGCUGACAGUGACCAAUGCCAGGUGCCCCAGAGGGAGUGAACCUAACAGGUAAU